AGGGGAGAAAAUGGGGGUAAAGAAUUUGUGGGAUGUUUUGGAAUCAUGCAAGAAAACGUUGCCUCUUCUCCAUCUCCAGAACAAAAGGAUAUGCAUAGAUCUGUCUUGUUGGAUGGUUCAGCUUCAAAAUGUUAACAAGUCUCACUGUCCCAUGAAGAACAAGCUUUAUCUCAUGGGUCUCUUUCACCGCAUCAGGGCUCUCAUUGCCUUGAAUUGCAGCCUUAUUUUUGUCACCGAUGGUUCAAUUCCUGCCAUCAAAUUAGCUACAUACAGGCGGCGGUUAAACUCAGGAAAUGAGGUGGAGAAUCAGGCUACUCAGGAUGGGGCAAAUUCUCAGAAGUUAUCUUCUCUUAGAAGGAAUAUGGGAUCUGAAUUCUCAUGCAUGAUCAAAGAAGCAAAAUACCUUGGAUCAGCACUUGGAAUUCCCUGCUUAGAUGGUAUCGAAGAAGCUGAAGCACAGUGCGCAUUAUUAAACUUAGAAUCCUUAUGUGAUGGGUGUUUCUCUUCUGAUUCAGAUAUAUUCCUUUUCGGCGCCAGGACAGUGUACAGAGACAUUUGCCUUGGCGAAGGAGGCCAUGUUGUUUGUUAUGAAAUGGAUGAUAUAGAGCAGAAAAUUGGAUUUGGAAGGAACUCUUUGAUUUCUUUGGCCCUUCUUCUUGGCAGUGAUUACUCUCAGGGUGUUCAUGGUCUUGGUCUGGAGGCAGCAUGCCAGAUUGUUAAAUCGAUUGGGGAUAAUCAUAUUCUUCAAAAAAUUGUGUCAGAAGGACUUUCUUUUACAAGGAAGAAAAAGAAUCCAAAGAGACAGGGCCAAGUCGAAUGCAACAACAUGACAACCACAUUUUCUAGCAAAGUGAACAUGAAUGGUGAGAUUCAGAUUCCGCAAAAAGAUAAUAACUAUUUGCAAGUGGUGGAAGCAUAUAUGAACCCCAAGUGCCACUCAGCUGACUCUGAUGUAGUCCAUAGAUCUCUAGUGCAACGUCAAUUCCAGCGUGAGCGACUCCAGCAGAUAUGCACUCGGUUCUUUGAGUGGCUUCCUGAAAAAACAGAUGAAUACCUUCUUCCUAAGAUUGCUGAAAGAGAUUUACGUCGAUUUGCCCAUUUGCGAUCAACUUCAUCUCGGUUUGAUGUUAAUAUUCCACUGAAGGAGGUGCCUGUAAAGUGUCCUGUAUCAGCAAUUAUCAAGCGCCGAAAAGUUAAUGGAAAAGAAUGCUUUGAGGUGAUGUGGGAAGAGUCCUAUGGAGUUAAAAGCUCUGUAGUUUCUGCAGAUCUUGUAGAGAGUGCUUGUCCUGAAGAGGUCAAAGAGUUUGAUGAGAGAAGAGCUCUAGGGAAGAAAAACCAACGAAAAUCAAGACCGAAGAAAUCAGGAAAAGAAUGUUCUGUGGCUGAAAUAGACCUGAAACUCCAAGAUCUGUUGCUUGACAUUGAGUUAGGGAGCAAAUCCAGUCCCAUGGCUUCAAGAGAAAUUAUAUCAGACAAAAUGACCACAGCGACUGAGAUUAAUUUCAUAAACCGAGAUCCCCCUGUUAUUUCAGAUUCAAAAGGCAAUUCUGAUUCCAGAGCUGCGAUCUUAUGUUGGGAAACUGGUGCGACUGUUCCAAAGCAUGAAGUUAUUGAUCUUUUGAGCCCCUCUCCACUAAUUCACUCCAGGAAUGUCUCUAGAUGUGCACAAAUGAAUGAUCAGCACAUUAGUAUAAUUGAUUUGAGUGACUCGGAAACUGAGAAAUCACCCGAGCAUGCAAGGAAAGCAAGAGAGUUUAGAGUAUUUCUUGCCAGCAUUCGAGAUGACUUUUCAUUGAAUAAGCCAUGAAACACUUUUGCAGAUAGUCAACUAUUAUGCAUGCUUUAUUGUUGUAAUAUGUCAAAGAUGUUGAUUAACCUGUCUUUAUUGUGAGUUAGUCUUUUAUAUGUUCAUCAUGUUUGU